AUGCCACGUCAGCAGUCUAAAAUGGAUCGGUUCUUGGCCCGAACCGAGCCGCCGCCAAAUACCAGCACGAGCGAUGGAGUGCUAGACCUGUAUGUGAAAUGUGCUCUUACGGAGUACGAAUCUAUUGACCAGAAUAAAGUUUUUAUCAGAACCAAACGAGUUCUCAACAAGGACGAAAUUCCUGAAUGCAAGUGCAAUCGUGGUGAAGAUUGGACUGAAGUUUGUGGUAUUGGUUGUGAAAAUCGCUCGAUGCAAGUCGAAUGUGUACGAGGCAAAUGCGUAACUGAAGGUCCCUGCAGCAACCAGCAAAUGCAAAAUGGUAGCAUUGCUUUGCUUUCCGUAAAGAAACUUCACGACAAGGGGAUUUCUCUAUUUGCAAGCCAGCCAAUUUUGCCUGGCGCCUUCGUCUGCCAGUACACGGGAGAAAUAAUUGAAAGCUCAACCUAUUCGCGCCGGGACAAGGAGUUUAAAGGAUCCACCAACUACUACGGAAUGAGUCUCACGAAGGGCGAAGUUAUCGACGCCCGUGCUUGCGGUGGUAUCGCGAGAUUAGCGAACCACAGCUAG